AUGGGGUCUUUCUGGCUGUGCAUUCUGCUAAGCCUGGCAGCUGAAGUUUACUGUGUGCCAGUAUCAGAGGUUACUGAGCAAGAUGAAAGCUUUGCAGAGAGCUACCUGAAGAAAUUCUUCAACCUGACAGAGGACAAUGGUCCAUCAGUCAGACGGGGCAUCAGCCCAGUGAGCAAGAAGCUAGGUGAAAUGCAACGAUUCUUUGGUCUCACCAUCACCGGGAUGCUGGAUGCUGACACCUUGGCCAUGAUGAAGAAGCCUCGCUGUGGUGUUCCAGAUGUUGACAUUGCUGGUUUCUCCACAUUUGGAAAGAUGCCUAAGUGGCAAAAAGCUAGCCUUACCUACAGGAUUGAAAACUACACACCUGACAUGUCUGUGUCAGAGGUGGAUGACUCUAUUAAGAAAGCGCUGGAGGUCUGGGCCAAAGUCACUCCUCUGAGAUUCACAAGAAUCUCCAGUGGCACCGCUGACAUCAUGAUCUCCUUUGGCCGUGGAAAACAUGGAGAUUAUUACCCCUUUGAUGGCCCUGGUAAAACCCUAGCGCAUGCCUUCGCCCCAGCUCCUGGUAUUGGAGGAGAUGCUCAUUUUGAUGAAGAUGAGAACUUCACUUUCCGCUCCAGCAGAGGCUACAUCCUCUUCCUGGUAGCUGCCCAUGAGUUUGGCCACUCCCUGGGCUUGUCUCACUCUGAUGAUCCUGGUGCUCUCAUGUACCCUGUAUACAGAUAUAAAAACCCUGAUACCUUUGUUCUGCCCCCGGAUGAUAUCAAGGGCAUCCAGUCUCUGUAUGGUCUAAACCCUAAUAAGAACAGUUUUGUAGCUGAGACUCAGCCACCCACCUCCCCUGAUGCCUGUGAUUCAACCAUGGUAUUGGACGCUGUCACCACCCUGAGAGGACAGAUGCUCUUCUUCAAGGACAGCUUCUUGUGGCAUAACUCCCCCCAGAACAGGACACUUCAAAAAAGUCUCAUCACAGACUUCUGGCCCAAGGCUCCUGUCGGUGUUGAUGCUGCUUAUGAAAACCAACAGUCAGACAGAAUCUUUUUCUUUAAAGGGAUGUGUCAGAAAGUGUGGGCCUUCUCUGACUAUGAUCUAGUACCAGGCUAUCCUAAAAGACUUAGCAGUUUUGGUCUGCCAAGAGGCGUGAGGAACCUUGAUGCUGCCCUUUAUGACGCAGACUCAGGCAAAAGUCUUUUCUUUGUAGGCAAUAAUUAUUUCAGUUAUGAUGAUGCCAGAGAAACUAUGGACCGAGGAUUCCCCAAACGUCUCGAUCAGACCUUCUCUGGACUGACCAACAAAGUGAAUGCAGCCCUCCAGUACAGAGGUUUUACUUACCUCUUCAGUGGACCCCACGUAUUUGCAUAUGACCUGAAGACUGGAAGGUUGAAUCGUGUGCUGAGGAGCAGUUACUUCUUAAACUGCACCAACUUCCAGGACAGUUUACUAUCUAAUGUGUUUGUGUAGUCAGUCAUGUAGACUGAGAAGAAAGUUACAGAUAACCCUGUUAAAAUAGUGCAUUUGAAAUAUUUUA